AUGCUGCAUGCCAUCGAUCUCAGGGGUCAAUAUGAUGAUGAUGUCGGCUAUUAUAUGCAUGAAGGCAUUACAGUAAGGCCAGGAAGCCCACAGAAAGGCCAGGAAGCCCACAGGAAGGUCAGGAAGCCCACAGAAAGGCCAGGAAGCCCACAGGAAGGUCAGGAAGCCCACAGGAAGGCCAGGAAGCCCACAGGAAGGUCAGGAAGUCCACAGGAAGGUAAGGAAGUCCACAGAAAGGCCAGGAAGCCCACAGAAAGGCCAGGAAGCCCACAGGAAGGCCAGGAAGCCCACAAGAAGGUCAGGAAGCCCACAGGAAGGUCAGGAAGCCCACAGGAAGGUCAGGAAGCCCACAGGAAGGUCAGGAAGCCCACAGGAAGGUCAGGAAGCCCACAGGAAGGUCAGGAAGCCCACAGGAAGGUCAGGAAGCCCACAGAAAGGUCAGGAAGCCCACAGGAAGGUCAGGAAGCCCACAGGAAGGCCAGGAAGCCCACAGGAAGGUCAGGAAGCCCACAGGAAGGUCAGGAAGCCCACAGGAAGGUCAGCAAGCCCACAGGAAGGUCAGGAAGCCCACUGGAAGGUCAGGAAGCCCACAGGAAGGUCAGGAAGGUCAGGAAGCCCACAGAAAGGUCAGGAAGCCCACAGGAAGGUCAGGAAGCCCACAGGAAGGUCAGGAAGCCCACAGGAAGGCCAGGAAGCCCACAGGAAGGUCAGGAAGCCCACAGGAAGCCCAGGAAGCCCACAGGAAGGUCAGGAAUCCCACAGAAAGGUCAGGAAUCCCACAGAAAGGUCAGGAAUCCUACAGAAAAGCCUGGAAUCCCACAGGAAGGCCUGGAAUCUCACAGGAAGGCCAGUAAGCCCACUGAAAUGUUAGGAAUCCUUCUUAUGUGCAAGUGA